CAUCUUUGUAAGGGAGGCUCUGGGGAAGGCGGAAUCGGAGAGGAAAAACGUUGAGCAGAUUGGCGAUUUGAGUGUAGCAGAGGAGUACGGAAAUGUAGCCCAAUUUCGCGUGGCAGAGAGGGCUUGAAAACCUCGUUUUGAAGUGUGUUUCAGGCUCCCCCCCAGCUCCUUCCGUCACAGUCCUCCACUGGUCCAGCAGACGCCACCAGAACAGGACACGAGCGUGCUGGACUCUGAAGCUGGAGAAGAGGAGCUCAGGGACUCUGUGAGGACACACGGGUUCUGACCCCAGCAUAGCCACUGUGUGUGGUCUUAGGCGAGGCCUCUGUGAAUGGAGUUACUCACCCUCCCUCCCUGCUGGCACUGCUGACAGUGCCUUGGUAAUGUCCACGGUUCCGGGAAGAGAUGUCCUUGUGGCUGGAGGCCCCUGUGCCUGACUCUGCAGUGGAGCUGUGGGAGCCAGAGGCCCACGAUGUCAGCAGCCAGGCCCAGGGAGGCAGCAGCCGCCUCCUCAGCAAGGAAGCCAGGAUGCCUCCAGCUGCCAGGGGCACUUUGGCAAUGGGGCUGAAGGCAGAGGAGCCCACAGCCCUGCUCCCCAGGGUGGAGGCCCUUCCAGAGCCCACAGAGCUCCGACCACAGAAGCGGAAAAAGGGGCCGGCCCCCAAGAUGCUGGGCAAUGAGCUGUGCAGUGUGUGCGGGGACAAGGCCUCCGGCUUCCACUACAAUGUGCUGAGCUGCGAGGGCUGCAAGGGUUUCUUCCGCCGCAGUGUCAUCAAGGGGGCGCACUACGUGUGCCACAGUGGCGGCCACUGCCCCAUGGACACAUACAUGCGUCGCAAGUGCCAAGAGUGUCGGCUUCGCAAGUGCCGCCAGGCGGGCAUGCGGGAAGAGUGUGUCCUGUCAGAAGAACAGAUCCGCCUGAAGAAACUGAAGCGGCAAGAGGAGGAGCAGGCCCAGGCCACAUCUGUGCCCACGAGGCCUGCCCCGCCCCACCAGGUCCUGCCCCAGCUCAGCCCAGAGCAGCUGGGCAUGAUUGAGAAGCUGGUUGCUGCCCAGCAGCAGUGUAACAAGCGCUCCUUUUCUGACCAGCUUCGUGUCACGCCUUGGCCCAUGGCACCAGAUCCCCACAGCCGGGAGGCCCGGCAGCAGCGCUUCGCCCACUUCACAGAGCUGGCCAUUGUGUCCGUGCAGGAGAUUGUCGACUUUGCCAAACAGCUGCCUGGCUUCCUGCAGCUCAGCCGGGAGGACCAGAUCGCCCUGCUGAAGACCUCUACAAUCGAGGUGAUGCUUCUGGAAACAUCCCGGAGGUACAACCCUGGGAGCGAGAGCAUCACCUUCCUCAAGAAUUUCAGUUAUAACCGGGAAGACUUUGCCAAAGCAGGGCUGCAGGUGGAGUUCAUCAACCCCAUCUUCGAGUUCUCCAGAGCCAUGAAUGAGCUGCAGCUCAAUGAUGCCGAGUUCGCGCUGCUCAUUGCCAUCAGCAUCUUCUCCGCAGACCGACCCAACGUGCAGGACCAGCUCCAAGUAGAGAGGCUGCAACACACAUACGUCGAGGCCCUGCAUGCCUAUGUUUCCAUCCACCACCCCCAUGACCGACUCAUGUUUCCACGAAUGCUAAUGAAACUGGUGAGCCUCCGCACACUGAGCAGCGUCCACUCGGAGCAAGUGUUCGCCCUGCGUCUGCAGGACAAAAAGCUCCCACCGCUGCUCUCUGAGAUCUGGGAUGUACACGAAUGAAGGUCCCUCGCUGUCCGAUAGAGGUGGACCCGACCAAGAAGGACAAACAUUCCUGGGAACUGGGCGAAGGAGAUCCUCCGUGGCAUUAAAGGAGCGGGACAGGGUUGGGGGCUUUGUGGCUGCUGGGCAGUGGGGGCUGCUAAAGCAGCGCUCCACGUGAAGACCUCCCGCCCCGCUGAAUGAAUGGCCUGGGAGCUGCUUUGCACAAGGUUCUCCAGCGUUAGCCCUGCCCAUCCUGCCUCCACCACUUCCUGUUUUUCUCCACAGGGCACCAAAAGAAAUUCUCCGCUGUCACUCUGCGGGUUGGCCAUAAAUACCUCCGGGGUGCCAGACUGAUAGGUCUGGCGUGUUGGAAUAGGAAGCCUGAGAUGAAGGCAGAGCGAUGAAUGCAAACCAAUUUCUGGAUGGGGGGGCGGGGGCGAAGUGAGAACAAGGAAGCCCGCGUCCUGUAGGAUCCCCUGCCUCCAGACUUAGUCGAGGGAAAGUCACAAGUGACAGCCUUGGCAGCCAGAGGGGAACUCCUUUGUCUAGCCCCGUUGUGCCAUGUGGAUCGAUGAAAUGCUGAGGCUUAGGCGCCCCCUCCUCUUUAAGGAUCCGGUGGUCGUGUGUGUAUGUCUUAGUUUUUCCGUUGGUAUCUGAAAAAGGCACAACCCGAAAUAUUCAGGGCCGGGUAGUCCCUACUUCCAGCCCCCAGGCCCUGUGCGUUAGGAAGAAAAGCCCCCCGAGCCAGGCGAAGCGGACCCCCUCCGUGUUGAGCCCUCAAAGGCCUGGACUCCACUUCCCAGCAGGCAUCGCGGCGCAGGCCACGCCCUCUAGGGGGCCCGCCCGUGCAGGUGCUCCGGCGAAGCGCCUUCUCUCUGCUCCCCUGCCGCCCAGAAUUGGUAGGCUCCAGCGGCCGGGCUGUCGACUGGGCAGCGCAUGCGGCUGGGCGCCUCCAAACCGCGGGGGGGGGGGUCGAGGCGAGGUGCGAGGAGCGGGCCGGAAAGUCUCAGGGGGACUUAAUCUUGAGAAGUCAUUUUCGGAUUAAACAAUCUUUCGUCGAAAUGGGCUCUAUGACCGUGUCGAAUUAAAAUCUCUUUGCGUCACCUGGA